AUGAGCGAAACAUCACCCGUUGAGGUCGAGACGGGUAGUGUGCCGGACACAUAUAAUUCACCCAGCGUCUCCAGAAUGCGAAGAAGCACAUAUCAUGAAGCAGAAGUUGCGAGUUUGAUUAAGGAAGGUCGGUAUCAUGCCUCACCACGGAACUUAUACCCUCGUCGUUCAUCACAAGCAGAAACUAGUGCGUCUACAGCAAUUUCAUCAAAAAAGCAUGAUUUUGAUGUGAAAAGUGCCCUGGAUUCGCCAUCAGUUGCUGCUAAAACGUGGCGUGAUCAACAUAGCACGCCUCCGAGUUCGGGUGGGCCACCAGAUCUGGGUGAUGAAUACAUCCACCGCAGGACAACGAAUCGGCGCGUUCCUUUUAGUUUGCCUGCGAAACCGCAUUACAUGAUACCCAAACGUGACAUAAAAACGCACCGCAGCGCGAGUAUGAAUGCUUUGACAGCACAUCUAAGCGACGCGCAUCUCAGUUCUCCUGAUGCAUACAUGGCCCAACACCAAGGUGGUCCACCUAUACCCCAGUCCAGCACUCAGACUAUUUUUCAACAAGACUCAUUCAGUUUCAAGUCCCAGCAUACGCACAAUAUUCGGCUGGCCCUGGAACAGUGUCAAAAAUUGCGAGAGAGAACGAACGUGGUCCCGAAUGCAACCACGGAGCUUGUGGAACAGCUUGAAACAGCAGCACAUCUUGCAGAUACUUUAAAUCAAAAACUGCACAAUGUUGUCCAUGCGCAACUCAACCAGCGCAUGGAAGGUGAAAGGGUGCUCGAUGGCCCAUAUGAAACCAUACCAGCACGUUGGCACGAUGCCGAGCUAAGUAUGCUUCUCAAAUACAGUGACGAUCUUGUGCGCAGUUUAACAGACUCUAUACUUUUUAUCCUUCGUGGUCAACGGAAGCCACAACGAUCAUCGACUUCGAUGUCUUUCACGCAUACUUCUCCUCGUCAAUGUAUUUCACCGCACCAUGCGACUCAUCGCGCUGCCACAUUUCAAUCAUCCGAUCAAAAUUAUGCUUUGAAAAAUUCAUCGCGCAGCUCUCAUCAGUAUACAUCAGCAAUAAGGAGCAAUGGAACCAGUCCACACGCAUCUAUGCAUAACGCAUCACAGGCUGUUCAUUCGAACAGUUUCAUGGAUUCACUUCACAGCCCCAUCUCGCGUUUCGGAUCAUUUUGGACUGAUGGUGCGUCUUCAGUCAAAUCCAAAAGUUUCUAUGAUCUAUCAUCUGUCACACCAAGGCAUCGCCGCUUUAACGAGCGUAGAGAUUUAGUGUAA